UUUUUCCCACCUGUCUGUCACCGAAAGAUAGUCAUGCUUCGCCAAGUAGAUUUGGCUAUUUCUACGAUUUAUCAUCGUGUUCGUUUCCAAUCUUGUAAUAAUCUCUACAGAAAUUUUGCAUCUCAAGCUCAUAAAACUAAAAUAAUGAAUAAAGUUUACUUUCGCAAUGAACCGGGUUCGGCAGAAUUGCAAAUAAGCUUUCGUUACAAAAAUCCCGAAAUGAAUGUCGACCGAGAGUUCAAUUUCUGUCGAACAAUGACGGAAAAUAUUGACGAUGCGCUUGUACGAAUACGCAACAACAUCUCAAAAGAGUUGAAUAAAAAGUCAAAGAAAAAACAAAAGAAACCAAAACAACAAUCUCAACCAGAAGAUGGUACUGCUACAAUUCCUAUUGCUAAUAAAGCAGAAGUCGUCCAGGAUAUUGCUGUCGAUUUCAUUCAAAGCAAUGAGAAACUGUCUUCUGUAACAUUUGCCCAAAUGAUUGCCGACUCUAAAGAACUAAGCCUUCAGGUGCUUGAUGAUAAAUUCGAAGUGGUUGUAAAUAAUCCCUGGGUUUGCAAUUUAGUCUUACCUCAAUCCAUUCUAGCUGGGUUCAUUGUGUAUCCUACUAAAAUGGAAUUGCAAUUUUCCGACCGAAAACAUUCCAUAGGAACAUGGUACAAAGGAAAGAAGCCCAGUUCAGGAAAUCUACAACAAAUAGAGUGGAUAAAAUGCGGAACUGGAUUAAGUUAUACCACAUCUACUGCCGAUAUAGGCUAUCUCAUAAAACUAGAACUACAGCCAGGAAAUGCCAAUUGCCUGGGUCCUUUGGCUGAGGCUAUUUCUAAAAAUGAAGUCCAAGCUGGUCCUGGUAAAUGUCCAUUCGAAGAACGUCAUAUCUUUACAGAGAAUCGCCUCAGUGGGGAUCAGUUUCGAGUAGUUUCUUACAAUAUACUUGCCGAUUUGUAUGCAGAUAGUGAACACACUCGAACAUUUCUCUUUCCUUACUGUCCGCCAUAUGCUCUCUCCCUCGACUAUAGAAGACAAUUGUUUAUAAAGGAAAUAAUUGGCUACAAUGGUGAUAUCAUGUGUUUGCAAGAAGUCGAUACAAAAGUAUUUGAUUUAGAUUUGAAACCAAUUUUGUUGGAAAAAGGUUAUCAAGGAUUAAUGCAACAGAAAGGAUCUAGUGGAGAAGGUGUAGCAACAUUCUAUCGGAGUGAUAGAUUUGAAAUGAUUAGAACAAUGGGUAUGAAUAUUGGAGAAAAUGUACCAACUUUGCCUGUUUUUCGAGAGCUUUGGGAGAAAAUUAAGGAUAAUAGCAAAUUGGUGGAGCGAUUGGUGGAACGUGCAACAACUUUACAGCUCAGCAUACUUAAAUCCAAAGAAACUGGAAAAAUUCUUUGCAUAGCAAAUACUCACCUCUACUUUCAUCCUGAUGCUGAUCACAUCCGUCUUCUACAAGUGGGCUUUUCAAUGCUGUAUAUAGAAAAUAUAUUGAAAAAACUUCCCACUGAACUAGCAACUACGGAAGAUAAUAUUUCCUUAGUAUUUUGUGGAGAUUUCAAUUCGGUUCCUGAGUGUGGAAUAUACAAACUUAUGACCGAGAAAUUUGUAGAUUCUGAUUAUAUUGAUUGGAGAAGCAAUGCUGAAGAAGCCGUAAGAAAUGUAACACUUUCUCAACCAUUUAGUAUAGCCUCUGCAUGUGGAACACCUAAAUAUACAAAUUUCACUCACGCAUUUGCUGCAUGUUUAGAUUACAUUUUCUACCAAACCGAUCGUUUGACUGUGGAGGAAGUAAUUCCAUUGCCGUCGGACGAACAACUCAAGACACACACUGCCAUUCCAUCGGUGGUAUUCCCUUCGGAUCAUGUUGCAUUAGUAACUGUUUUAAAAUUCAAAACAUAGCAUCUUACAUGUAAUAUACAAAAACUGUAACUUAUAUUUAACGGUAAACAAAUAAAAGAAAAAUGGUUUUU